GCGGCGUCCGAGCUACGCCACAGAGGGCCGGGGUGUUGGGUGCUGGAGAUCAGAGCGGGGUCGUGGCGGCGGCGGUGAGGACAGAGCGGCGGAGGGGGGGGUGCCAUGGCGGGACAGCAGUUCCAGUACGAUGACAGCGGGAACACCUUCUUCUAUUUCCUCACCUCAUUCGUGGGGCUCAUCGUGAUCCCGGCCACAUACUACCUCUGGCCCCGCGACCAGAACGCCGAGCAAAUUCGAUUAAAGAAUAUCAGAAAAGUAUAUGGAAGAUGUAUGUGGUAUCGUUUACGGUUAUUAAAACCCCAGCCAAAUAUUAUUCCUACUGUAAAGAAAAUAGUUCUGCUUGCAGGAUGGGCAUUGUUCUUAUUCCUUGUAUACAAGGUUUCCAAAACAGACCGAGAAUAUCAAGAAUACAAUCCUUAUGAAGUAUUAAAUUUGGAUCCUGGGGCAACGGUAGCAGAAAUUAAGAAACAGUAUCGUUUGCUGUCACUUAAAUAUCAUCCAGAUAAAGGAGGUGAUGAAGUUAUGUUCAUGAGGAUAGCAAAAGCUUAUGCAGCUUUAACUGAUGAAGAGUCCCGGAAAAACUGGGAAGAGUUUGGAAAUCCAGAUGGCCCUCAAGCCACAAGCUUUGGAAUUGCCCUGCCAGCUUGGAUAGUUGACCAGAAAAACUCAAUUUUGGUUUUACUUGUAUAUGGAUUGGCAUUCAUGGUUAUCCUUCCAGUUGUUGUGGGCUCUUGGUGGUAUCGCUCAAUACGCUAUAGUGGAGACCAGAUUCUAAUACGCACAACACAGAUUUAUACAUACUUUGUUUAUAAAACCCGAAAUAUGGAUAUGAAACGUCUUAUCAUGGUUUUGGCUGGAGCCUCUGAAUUUGAUCCUCAGUAUAACAAAGAUGCCACAAGCAGACCAACAGAUAAUAUUCUAAUACCUCAGCUAAUCAGAGAAAUUGGCAGCAUUAAUUUAAAGAAGAAUGAGCCUCCACUUACCUGCCCAUAUAGCUUGAAAGCCAGAGUUCUUUUACUGUCUCAUCUUGCUAGAAUGAAAAUUCCUGAGACCCUUGAAGAAGAUCAGCAGUUUAUGUUGAAAAAAUGCCCUGCCCUACUUCAAGAAAUGGUUAAUGUAAUCUGCCAACUAAUAAUAAUGGCCCGAAGCCGUGAAGAAAGGGAGUUUCGUGCUCCAACUUUGGCAUCCCUAGAAAACUGCAUGAAGCUUUCCCAGAUGGCUGUGCAAGGCCUUCAGCAGUUUAAGUCUCCCCUUCUGCAGCUGCCUCACAUUGAAGAGGACAAUCUUAGGAGGGUUUCUAAUCAUAAAAAGUACAAAAUUAAGACUAUCCAGGAUUUGGUGAGUUUAAAAGAAUCAGAUCGUCACAAUCUACUGCACUUCCUUGAAGAUGAAAAAUAUGAAGAGGUUAUGGCUGUCCUUGGGAGUUUCCCAUAUGUGACUAUGGACAUAAAAUCACAGGUAUUGGAUGAUGAAGAUAGCAACAACAUCACAGUAGGAUCCCUAGUUACAGUGUUGGUUAAAUUGACAAGGCAAACAAUGGCAGAAGUAUUUGAAAAGGAACAGUCCAUCUGUGCUGCAGAGGAACAGCCGGCAGAAGAUGGGCAGGGUGAUACUAACAAGAAUAGGACAAAAGGAGGAUGGCAACAGAAGAGUAAAGGACCUAAGAAAGCUGCUAAAUCGAAAAAAAAGAAACCUUUAAAAAAAAAACCUACACCUGUGCCCUUACCACAAUCAAAGCAACAGAAACAAAAGCAGGCAAAUGGAGUUGUUGGGAGUGAAGCUGCAGUAAAGGAAGAUGAAGAAGAAGUUUCUGACAAAGGCAGUGAUUCUGAAGAAGAAGAAACGAAUAGAGAAUCCCAGAGUGAAAAAGAUGAUGGUAGUGACAGAGACUCUGAUAGAGAGCAAGAUGAAAAACAAAACAAAGAUGACGAAGCAGAGUGGCAAGAAUUACAACAAAGUAUACAGCGAAAGGAGAGAGCUCUACUGGAAACCAAAUCAAAGAUAACACAUCCUGUUUAUAGUCUUUACUUUCCCGAGGAGAAACAAGAAUGGUGGUGGCUUUAUAUUGCAGAUAGGAAGGAACAGACGUUAAUAUCUAUGCCAUAUCAUGUGUGUACGCUAAAAGAUACAGAAGAGGUAGAACUGAAGUUUCCUGCACCAGGCAAGCCUGGAAAUUAUCAGUAUACAGUGUUUCUGAGAUCAGACUCCUAUAUGGGUUUGGAUCAGAUUAAACCCCUGAAGUUGGAAGUUCACGAGGCUAAGCCUGUACCGGAAAAUCACCCACAGUGGGAUACAGCAAUAGAGGGGGAUGAAGACCAGGAAGACAGCGAGGGCUUUGAAGAUAGCUUUGAGGAAGAGGAAGAAGAGGAGGAAGAUGAUGACUAAGCAGUACUAUGACUGGACCACAAUAUUUGCACAUACUUGCAAAUUUUUGCUGUUUCGGAAGUGUAUAAUAAACCAGAAACAGUGCAGAACUGCUGUUGAGGGAGGUAUUAGUUCUUUACUCGAAAUGGGUGCAUAAUACAACUGGGCAGUGGUGGUGCCUUGGUGCAGUCCGAAACGCUUAAGGCUUGUUAGAGCCUUUCACGUAUGAAUGGGAUGGUGCAUUUAUUUCAUCUGCAAACGAUAAUAAACCCUUUGUUAUAACUGUCCAGAAGUGUGGGCUAUGUAUUAUCUGAUCAUUUUAUGGUCCCAGUAAAAGUAAAGGUACAUGAAAACCAAUCUAUAAGUGAGCAACUUUUCUUUGUUUAGCUUUAGUUUGUAGCAAACAUUAGAGGAUGAUAAACACCACACAUACGUUUUAAGUAACAUCUGCUCAAGUUUUAAUCUUUUGAUAAGCUCUAUCAUUCAUUUUAUUGACAUUUUGCAGUGAUACAAGACUAUUUAUAACAGCUCUAUUCAUAGCUUUAAACUUUUUAUUUUUAUCUAUCUUGGUCAUAAAUUGGCAUUCUGUCACAUUCCACAUAAUACAGAGGGCUACAUUUGGGGAUUUUCCUUUUCUUAAUUGCCCAGAGUUAUUAGGUUAUAAAAAUGGCUUUUAAUGGCUUAAAACAUUUUUAAGCCUCUAUUUUAGCAGAUCAGUGCAGGAUCUAAUUCUUUUUAUAAACUAUAGGUCUAAAAAUGAGUGUGGGACCAUAUGUUCUCUGAUGUUGGUGACUCAUGUUAUUAAGCCUUUUUUAAAAGGUUCACUAUAAAAGCUAAAAUACAUUCUUAGCUUUUAAUCUACCUGACUCAGAAGCCUUUUAAGGAAAAAAAUAGAUAACAUGCAGUGGAGGCAUUUUUUUGUAUUCAUUUUGGACUCCUGUCAAUAAAAUAGAAGUUUGACUCA